AUGUCUACUAUUCUGGAGGCUCAAGACUCUCCUGUCAUCGACUUUCUUGAGAUGCUUGCCAAUCAUGAAGCUGUCAACAAUGAAAACACCAAUGAAGACCUCGAAAUAAGCACGCAGUCCUCCGAAGGCAGCUCUGAAUACCUUUUGGACGCUUACUUGGGCCCUCGUGCGUUUACUCCAGCUCCGCCCGACCUCGACAGCUUCCCCACUCGUGUACUGCGCUCGCUUGCCCGACACUUCCGUGAACUUUCCAAAACAGCAGCGCAUGCUAGCAUGCAGCCAAUCGGGAAUCAACGCUAUGACCAGGAAGCGCUACGCAUAGGAUACAUGGACGUCCUGGGGUGUUGGAGCCGACUUUGCGAGGAGAUACGCGCGCUGGAAGGACAGGUCGAUGUGAGCUUCCUGGAUGAAAGCGAUGCCUCGGUGAUGCUCCCCUCGCUCUUCCCGAUGCCCGUCAUGCUACCCCAGUCGCCACCCCCUCUGCCAGACUUGCGGGAGGGCUCCAUGACUCCGCGCGCUGACCAGUACUUGGCUCGCGAGACUGUGGCGACCCCUCCUGCGAAAUUCGAAAAGACUCUGUCUCAGGCGACUACGGAUUGGGGCACACCUUCCGAGACUGCGGCGACCCCUCUUGUGAAGUACGAAAAGACUCUCUCUCAGGCGACUACGGAUUGGGGCACACCUUCCGAGUUCAAUCUGUCUAAUCACGAAGGGUAA